AUGGAUGAAGUGAAUCAUUCUGUAGUAGUUGAGUUUGUGUUCCUUGGACUCUCUGAUUCAUGGGAGAUCCAACUUCUUCUUUUUCUGUUCUCCUCUGUGGUCUAUGUGGCAAGUAUAAUGGGAAACCUGCUUAUUUUGCUCACUGUGAUCUUUGAUCCUCACUUACAUUCUCCUAUGUACUUCCUGCUGGCUAAUCUGUCCUUUAUUGACUUGGGAUUUUGCUCCAUUGCAGCUCCUAAAAUGAUUUGUGAUCUUUUCAGGAAGCACAAAGUCAUCUCAUUUGGUGGCUGUGUUGCUCAGAUCUUCUUUAGUCAUGCUUUUGGUGGUGUUGAGAUGGUGUUGCUCAUAGCCAUGUCCUUUGACAGAUAUAUUGCUAUAUGUAAGCCUCUCCACUACCUGACCAUUAUGAACCCAAGAAUGUGUAUUUUUCUUUUGAUUCUUGCCUGGAUCACUGGCAUCACUCACUCAGGGGUCCAGUUGGCUUUUGUUGCAGAUUUGCCUUUUUGUGGUCCUAAUGUAUUAGAUAGUUUUUUUUGUGACCUUCCUCAGUUCAUCAAACUGGCCUGUACUGAUACCUAUAGACUGCAAUUCAUGGUUACUGCUAAUAGUGGAUUCAUCUCCCUGGCUUGCUUCUGUGUAUUGAUCAUCUCCUACAUCUUCAUCUUGGUCACAGUCCAGAAACAUUCUUCAGGUGUUUCCCUCAAGGCUUUCUCUACUCUGGCAGCUCAUAUCACUGUGGUGGUUUUGUUCUUUGGUCCAUUGAUCUUUUUCUAUACAUGGCCAUUCCACAUAUCAAAUUUGGAUAAAUUUCUUGCCAUCUUUGAUGCAGUUAUUACUCCCUUUCUGAAUCCAGUCAUUUAUACAUUCAGAAACAAAGAGAUGAAAGUGGGAAUGAAAAGAGUGUGUAACAGGCUUGUGAGUUUCAGGAAGUUCUCUUAA